AUGCAAUUUGAAUUCGUUUCCUUACUGGUUAUUGCCCUAUUUUCUAUCUCGGCUCAAGCCUACAGAUAUGAUUGGUCGAACAUUACAUGUAAAGGUUUGCACGGUCUUCACUGUGGUACUUACUACUUGAAGGUUAAGGACCAAAAUGAUACCUACAUUGGUCAGAGUUAUUUCGUGGGCGCUGAUGUCUUGGCAAGCGAACCUUCCGAUGCUUGGGCAAGAUACUUGAAGGAAGAAUAUAAGUUUCUUCCAAGACUUACAACCGUUCAAACAAUUAACGCCACUAACAACUUUGUUCCUUUGGUUGGUACCACAAAUCAAGAAACUUGUAAUUUUCAAUCUAUCGAGAAUGCUAUGAUUCCAUUUGUCAACACUGUCACAAGUGAGUUAUCUUUUGAUGCCUGGAAUGACAACAGUUGGAACUCUACUAGAGUGACUGGUUUGGCUAGUCAAUUACUGAACGCUUCGUACUAUGGUGUCCAGGUGGCUACUUGUACUCCCGGUUUUGUUUCCGAUCUUUUGGACGCCCCUACUGUCAACAUAUUCAAUGCUGAAGAUACCUUACCAGUCUGGUGUACGCCAAUUGAAAUCGAACCAGUUUGUCCUGUUGACGUCAAUCUUUGA